CCCAUGGAGGAGCAAAUGGCGAUGGCUAACGUGUGGCUGCUACGGCUGGCCUUGACCGCCGUUGUAGCUACUUGGCACAGCGAGGCAAAGUCUGCUGUGAAUGUGUUCCCCUCCAUGUCCCUGAUUCCUGAAAAAAUAACAGGCGUGAGUCCCAUCCACAACGGCCAGGUUUGCAGUACAUGGGGCGACUUCCACUUCAAGACCUUUGAUGGAGAUGUUUUCCAGUUGCACUCUACUUGCAACUACGUCCUGACCUCUUCAUGCCGGAGCAGUUAUCAAGACUUUAACAUUCAGAUGAGAAGACAGGAUGCUGGCGGCCAUCACACCAUCAAAAGUAUCAGCAUGAUGCUGGAGGGCACUGUGGUGGAGCUGUCUGAGGGCUCUGUGAUUGUUGAUGGCAAAUCCGCGAUCCUACCAUUCAGCCAAGGAGGGGUGCUCAUUGAGAAGACUCCCACCCACAUCAAAGUCAAAGCAAAACUGGGAUUAGUUGCAAUCUGGAAUGAGGAGGACUCUUUUCUGGUUGAACUAGACCUGAAGUACAAGAACCAAACAUGUGGUCUUUGUGGAGACUUUAACGGGGUUCAGCUCUACAACGAAUUCUACAAUCAUGGUGUUCAAAUAUCCCCGGUGGAUUUUGCUAAGUUCUGGAAAAUGGAUGGUCCAACUGAAAGCUGCUCUGACUACACACUGGAUUCAACUCAAAGCUGCAACAACAUGAAACCCCUGUGCGAGCAGAUCCUUACGGGGCCGGCCUUCAGCAGCUGCCACGGUCUGCUCGACGUCGCCUCCUUCACCUCUGCCUGUGUUGCAGACCUCUGCCACUGCACCGCUAAUGGCCACGCAGAUCCCUUCUGCCUGUGCAACACUGUGUCCGAGUUCUCCAGACAGUGCAGCCAUGCUGGUGGAAAACCAAUGAACUGGAGAACCGAGGAGCUCUGCUGGAAGUCAUGUCCCAAUAAAAUGGAGUACAAGGAGUGUGGGAGUCCCUGCGCUGAUACCUGCUCCAACCCAGAGGCAAGCCACACCUGUGACAACCACUGCACCGAUGGGUGCUUCUGCCCCACAGGCAUGGUACUGGAUGAUGUGAAUGGAAAGGGUUGUGUCCCAAUGAACGAGUGCUCCUGCAGCUACGACAGCAAGAUCUAUGGACCUGGAGAGUCCUACUCCAGUAACUGCAAAAAAUGCGUGUGUGAUGGUGGACAGUGGAGGUGCACGGAGGAGAACUGUCCAGGCAUGUGCUCUGUGGAGGGGGGGGCUCACGUCAACACCUUCGACGGAAAGGACUACACCUUCCACGGGGACUGCUCCUACGUCCUGGCUAAGGACUGCCGUGGAGACCAGUUUGUGGUUCAGGGAGAGCUGGUGCAAUGUGGACUGACUGAGAGUGAAACCUGCCUCAAGUCUGUCACCUUGGGUCUGUCCGGAGGGGCUCAUGUGAUCACCAUCCAACCCAGUGGCAAGGUUUUUGUGAACGGCAUCUACGCUCAGCUACCUUUCUCUGCUGCUGGGAUCUCCGCCAUCGAAGCCUCCUCCUUCUACCUCCUGGUGCAGACGUCUGUUGGUGUUCUGUUGGAGGUGCAGCUCCAGCCAGUCAUGCAGCUCCACGUCACAGUGAACAGUGACUACCAGGACAAGACCUGUGGUCUCUGUGGGAACUUCAACAGUAACCAAGCUGAUGACUUCCUUAAGCUCAGCGGAGUCCCAGAUGCCACAGCAACUGGUUUUGUCAACAGCUGGAAGACACAUGCUGGUUGCCCUGAUGUUAAGCCCUUUUUUGAGAGGCCCUGCAGUCUUAGUCUGGACAAUGAGAAAUACGCCCAGCACUGGUGCUCCAUGCUGAGUGACCCUGAAGGAGUGUUUGCCCCCUGUCACUCAGAGAUCAGCCCUGACUCCUACAAAGAGAACUGCAUGUAUGACAGCUGCAACUGUGAGAACAGUGAGGACUGCAUGUGUGCUGCCGUCUCCUCCUACGUGCAUGCCUGUGCAGCAGCAGGAAUCCAGAUGAGCGGCUGGAGGGAGACCAUUUGUGGGAAAUAUGCCAACUCCUGCCCCAGCAGCAUGGUCUACACCUACAGCAUCACGUCCAGCAGCCACACUUGCCGCUGCAUCAGCAGCUCUGACCUCAGCUGUCACUUCUCCUUCCCGCCAAUCGACGGCUGUGUCUGCGCUGAGGGAACCUACCUUGAUGACGCUGGCAAGUGUGUCUCACUCCAGGAGUGUCCCUGUUAUGACCAAGGCUCCGUGGUGCCUGCCGGACAGGUGGUCACCAAGGACGGGGUCAUGUGUACCUGUAGGGAUGGCAAACUGGGCUGCAUUGGGGAGCUGAUUACACAACCAUUGACCUGUGCACCUCCCAUGGUGUUCUUCAACUGCUCUGCUAAUGGUCCGGCUGCUAAAGGAACAGAGUGUGUGAAGAGCUGCGACACAUUAGACAUGGCCUGCGUGACCACGGCGUGCAUUUCUGGCUGUAUGUGUCCAUCUGGGAUGGUGUCUGAUGGUAAAGGAAGCUGCCUCCAGCCAGAGGCCUGUCCAUGCCUUCACAACGGUGUUUCCUACCAGCCUGGACAAACCACCAUGGUGGACUGCAACACCUGCACUUGUAAAGACAUGAAGUGGCAGUGCACUACCAACCAGUGUGAUGGAACCUGCUCCGUCUACGGUGCUGGACACUACAUGACUUUUGAUCAGAAGCGCUUCACCUUUGAUGGCAGUUGCGAAUACAUUCUCACUCAGGACUACUGUGGUAGUGCUCAGAACAAUGGAACCUUCAGAGUGCUUACUGAGAAUGUUCCAUGUGGAACGACAGGAACCACUUGCUCCAAGAACAUCAAGAUCUUCCUGGGGAGUGCAGAACUGAUUCUAACUGACGGAAGCUACCAGCUGCUUUCAAGUGGCAAUGAAGAAACCGUUCCAUUCCAAUACAGCACUAUGGGCAUCUACCUGGUUAUUGAAGCCAACAAUGGACUCAUUUUCAUGUGGGACAGGAAGACCAGUUUGUUCAUCAAGCUCAGCCCAAACUAUAAGGGUCGUGUAUGUGGACUGUGUGGCAACUAUGACAACAAUGCAAAUAAUGACUUCACCACAAGAUCCAAUAAUGUUGUUGUCAGCUCGCUGGUGUUUGGAAACAGCUGGAAGAAUCUGCCAAGCUGCCCCGAUGCUCAGAGCAUCACCAGCCCCUGUACAGCCAACCCAUACAGACAGGCCUGGGCCCAGAAAGAGUGCAGCGUUAUACAAAGUGACGUCUUCUCUGCCUGCCACUCCAUUGUGGAUCCUGCUCCCUUUUUUGAGGCCUGUGUGUUUGACUCAUGUGCUUGUAACACGGGUGGAGACUGGGAGUGUUUAAAACACUGCUGUGGCUGCUUAUGCUGAAUCCUGUAACCAAGCUAACCAUCUGUAUACCAUGGAGAACCCCGAAGAUCUGUCCUCUUUUCUGUGAUUACUACAAUCCCCCGGGUGAAUGUGAAUGGCACUACAUGCCAUGUGGAUCUUGUCAAAAAACCUGCAGGAGUCCCUCAGGCAGCUGCUCUGCACAGAUAC